CGUACAUCCGUGUUGAACGCUCCCUCCGACGCCAUUGGCCAUUCACGUGGCCGAACGCAAGACCGAAAUCCCUUUCGACCAAUGACGAAGCGAAACGGGUCCCAUUUUGAGGCUACGGGGCGGAUGAUUGUCACUCUGCCAGAUUUUCACUGAGGAGGACUCGUCCACUGGAGAUUUUUGUUUGCAGGAGGCUCGCGAUACAGGAAUUCGUUGUUGAGGGGCGGACACUCCGAGGCCAGCACCCGUUGGGAGGGAGCUCCACAUAGUUUUUCAACUGGGACUUGUAUCAAAAAGGCGCGGCCAUGACGACAGAGGCGGGCUUGGAAACGGAGGUGAAGGACAAAGCGGAGCGGCCGGCCGGCGGCGAAGAGAAAGCCAAAGAGAAGGAGGGCAAGGGGAUAGCGCGCUACCUGCCUGCCUGGCUGAAGAAGCGCACGUCUCCAAGCCGCCAGAGCCCGGAGAACGGUGGCCGAGAGGUGCUCCCGCAAGUGAACGGACACGCCGAGGAAGCAGAGGGCAAGGAGCCGCAACUCAAAGAAAAAGUGCUCCAGUCCCAGCCGGCCGGGGAGAGCGAGACGGCUGAGGGAGGUUGCCGGGCGGAGGAGGGAGCAACCGAGGAGCCCGAGGGCCGGACCUCGACGUUCCGCUCGCCGCUGCGCUUGGUGAGGAAGAGCAAGAUGAAGCUGGCGGUGUGUCACGUGACCCUCCCGGACGGCUCCGACUUUGCCUGCGAGGUGGAGAAAGGCGCCAAGGGUCUCUUCCUGUUCUUCAAGGUGUGCGAGCACCUCAACCUGCUGGAGAAGGACUACUUUGGCCUGACGUACGCCGACCGCCACGACCAGAAGUGUUGGUUGGACCCCACCAAGGAGAUCAAGAGGCAAAUCCGCAGCAACAACUGGCAGUUUGCCUUCAACGUCAAGUUCUACCCACCCGACCCCUCGCUGCUCACCGAAGACAUCACCAGGUACCUGUUGUGUCUGCAGCUCCGCCAAGACGUGGCGUCCGGUCGCCUGCCUUGCUCCUUUGUCACUCGCGCGCUGCUGGCCUCGUACACGCUGCAGGCCGAGUACGGCGACUGGGACCCCGAGCGGCCUCGGCCCCUGGACUGCAUUGGCCGCCUGACCUUUGCCCCCAAUCAGAGCAAAGAGAUGGAAGAGAAGAUUUUGGAGCUCUACAAAGCCCUCAAGGGACAGACGCCGGCGCAGGCUGACGUGCACUUUCUAGAAAACGCCAAGAAGUUGUCCAUGUACGGGGUGGACCUGCACCACGCAAAGGAUUCCGAGGGCGUGGACAUCACGCUGGGAGUGUGCGCCAACGGGCUCCUGGUCUACAAGGACCGGCUUCGGAUCAAUCGCUUCGCUUGGCCCAAGAUUCUCAAGAUUUCCUACAAGAGGAACAACUUCUACAUCAAGAUCAGGCCCGGAGAGACGGAGCAGUUUGAGAGCAGCGUGGGCUUCAAGCUGCAGAGCCAUCGCUCGGCCAAACGGCUUUGGAAGGUGUGCGUGGAGAACCACGGCUUCUUCAGGCUCAACGCGCCGGAGGCCGCCGCUGGCGCCACUGCUGCGCGCUUCCUGACGCUGGGAUCCAAGUUCCGCUACAGCGGCCGCACACAGACGCAGACCCGUCUGGCCAGCGCCCUCAUUGACCGCCCGGCGCCCGCUUUUCAGCGCACCUUGUCCCAACGCAUCAGCCUCAGUCUGGAUGGAGCCCCGCGCAUCAGCGUCACAGAGGCGGACCGCGUUGCCGCCGACAAUGGCCAGCGACCCCACUCGGACCUCUGCUCAGACUCCAAGAGUCCGCUGAGAGCGCGUGUGGAUAAUAUUUAUGUCAGGCACAGUAAUUUGAUGUUAGAGGAGCACAAUAAGAGCCAAGCGGAAGUCCUCAAACACCAGGCUAGCGUUAGCCAGCUCAAACGCUCCUUUAUGGAGGCGCCGCCCCCCUCCCCUCCGCCGCCGCCGCGCAACCUCUGGGACAAGCGCGUGGCCUCCUCUCCUCAGCAGCCCACCGCGGCGCCCGUAACAGAAGCAGCGGCAAGCGCAGCAGAUAACAGCCCCGGCCCAGAAGCCGCCAAGACGACGGAAGUUGAAAUUGAAGAAACCGUAGCGGUGCGAGAGAUUUCUGCCAAUGCGGUGGAGCACGCGCCGGAAGCCCAAGCAACGGAGCAAAAGAUGAAGCAGCGGCACGAGGGGGGCGAGAGCGCUUCGUCCCAGAGCGACGGGGAGGCGGAAUAUUGCCCGGAGAGGGAGGAGCGGAACAAGUCGGCGGAGCUUAGCCGGCCUGCCGAAGCGGAGGAAGACAAGAACCCAGCGGAAGAAGCCACGGCGACGCCCGGCCAAGCUCCAAAUGGUCCCGCCAACGGCGAGGUGGCGGAGGAUGAGCGACCGGCGCAGGUUAUUUGUUGCUCUCAGCCGCCCGUGGUCAAGACGGAAACGGUGACCAUAUCGGACACAUUUGCGGAGCACAAAAGCGAGAUCGCCACAAAGGAGGUGCCCAUCGUGCACACGGAAACCAAGACCAUCACGUACGAGGCCGCGCAGCCGGACGGAAGCGGCGAUGGAGAGCCCGGGGUCCUGACGACGGCUCAGAGCGUCACCUCGGAGUCGCUGUGCACCACCACCACCACGCACAUCACCAAGACGCGGAAGGGCGGCCUGUCGGAGACGAGGAUCGAGAAGCGCAUCGUCAUCACGGGCGACCGCGACAUCGACCACGACGAGGCUCUGGCCCAGGCCAUCAAGGAGGCCAAAGAGCAGCAUCCCGACAUGUCCGUCACCAGGGUGGUGGUUCACAAAGAGACGGAACUGGCCGAUGAGGACGACUGACCUUGAGUGACUGGAGAGGUGCCCGCAAGAUGACAACCAAGUACCCUCCCCCAAAAAGUAACAAUCCUAAAAAGUAUCGUAACAGACACCGAGGAAGCUAAAGAACCACGUUGUUAGCUUAACGUUAGUAGCAUGUUUUAACUUGUUUUCCAUGGCUUCGGCAACGACUCCCGUUUUGCAUUUGGGGAUGACUCCCGCAACGCUCUCUCUCAUCAUUAUGUCUGAAGACGAAAAAAAAAUCCGACUAAACCAAACAUUCCACCUUUCUAGACUGGAUUUUUUUAUUAGAUUUGUUCAAAUUGACACACUUUUACACGUCAAAUCUUCUCAAAGCUGAAAUAUUUGAGUCAUGUUUUUAGCCCUGAAAAUAUUUGAGGCAAAUGGAGUCUUAUAAAACCACUUUUGCCAUGACAUUCCAGACUUUCACCUUUUGGAUGCAUAUGAUGUCACGACUAUCUGUAGUUUUGCUUUGCCCGCAUUUGAUUUCCUCAGUGAACCCCUUUUUCUUUCUUUCUUUUUCUUUCUUUCUUUCUUUCUCUCCCAGUUUCCCUAUUUUGGGGAUGGGGUGAUUAAAACCACUAAAAAUGACACAAUAUGUUCUUUGACUCGGUGCAAAAGGAGCAGUGGGGCUGGCUGCAAAGUCCAUUCCUGGGAAUGUAUGUGAUCCAGAUCUAUAGAGCCAAACGGGCUGUAGCAGCUUUAGUCAAAGUCUGCUUUAUUUUCAAUUUUUUCCACGCAGCCCCAUUGCUCCCAAGAUUGUUCCUUUCUCGCCACUUAAUUGCCCCCGUACAACCCUUCAAGUCAAUUGGUGUGUUGAAAUAAAGCAUUGUAAUCCUCUUGA